GUACUUUUGCUAUAUAAUUUAAUGAUUCUGAAAGCCAAAAAAACAAGACAGAAACUACAAGAUGGCUGACCAAAUUAACACUCAUAAAGUAUCGACGAUCAUCUCGCUUGCAUUGUCUAUAUACGCAAAUACUAGAUAUUUCGUUGGACGUAGUCCAUAUGAUCAUCAUAAUCCAUAUAACGUUGCCAAUACUCCAUUUAGUGGGAAUAUAAUUGUUACAUUAGUAUUUUGGAUUGUUUUAUAUAUUCACCAAAUUUUAUUCGUCACUCAAAUAUUCUUGCCCCAAUUAGAAAACCAUAAUGAUCGUAUUAAUAUCACCAAUAAAAUUGGAUGGCAUUUCACGGUAUUCAAUUUGGGAUCAUUUUUCUGGACCAUCUUAUUUGUUAAAAAGCACUUUUUCUGGAGUGAAUUGAUAUUGAUUAUUAACUUUAUCAAUGUUUUACAAUUGUAUUACAUUCAUAAGACAAACUCCAUCAAACCAUUAACUAAUUGGAUAUUGAUUCAUUUGCCUACCACGGCAUUGCCAUUAUCCUGGUUAGUCUAUGCAAUUUUCUGGAACGGGGCUGUCUUAUUCAAUGUCCAUAAGUUUGUUGGUAGAAUUGUUAGUAAUGUCUUGAUUUGGGACUUCUUAUUAUUUGGAUUGAACUUUGUCUGGUUAUACAACGAUUACGCCGUUGGUCUUUCCACUAGUGUAUUAACUUUUGGUUUGGGCUUGGGCCAACUUUUCACUAGGGCCUUUGCCUUGCAAUGGAUUUUUGCCUUUGUCAUUAGUGGGUUAUUAUUCGUUGCUAGUAUUCUUGCAGCCUUUGUUGGUCCUCGCCGUUCGGUUGUUGUCGACGAAGAACAAGCCCCUCUCUUGGAAUAAGCUACUUAUCCAAGGGAGACACCAUUUUCUUGAUCAUUUCUAUUCUAGUUAACUCCAUGGGCCUAUUAAGAGCCACCGAAUUAUAUAGCAAUAAGUUAUCGUGCUGUGCUAACGAACUGUAUGUAUCUCUUUUAAUCGACGUUACGAAUUCGUUUCUGCUUGUGU